UCUAUGUCCUCCUUCACAGCCAUGAGCAGUGGUUCUUAAACUUUUUUUUCGUGGACUGCCUGGAUUUAAGCCCACUAAAUCAAGGAGCAUCUCUAUAAUUAAAGGAACACAGCUCAUCAGUCUUCCACAUCACAGAACAACGUUUCCAAUUUCUCAAAGGGGCCCUAUGCGACGUGAUAUCCCAUCUCUCAUUCCAAACUGCAACAGCUUUUUACCCACCCGAGAGUUUGGACAGAACUGUGCAACCCGAAUCCAGUUGGUAAUACAGUCAUUUCAAAACUACUUUUUCUCCAAUGGAAAGUAGCUAUGUAAUUGCCAAUGAUGUUCUUAUGAGACCUGUGAUAUAAUAAAAGUCCCUGCAUUUAGAACAAUUCCAUUCCUGCUCUUCUAUAUUUUAUGAUGAUAUCAGCAAGAAUGAAGAAUGGCAUUUUCAGCUACCUGUUGAAGUGCCUCAGCUUUGCUGUUCUGUUUCAAGUUGCAGAUUCAGCACAAGGCAGAUAUGCUCAGAUGCUGUUUCAGAAUUUACUCCAGGACUACUCAAAUGCUUUGAGGCCAGUGGAGGACACAGACAAAACCUUAAAUGUCACCCUUCAAAUCACCCUCUCGCAGAUUAAAGACAUGGAUGAAAGGAAUCAGAUGCUGACAGCGUACCUGUGGAUACGGCAGACCUGGUAUGAUGCCCAUCUCAAAUGGGACAAGGAUGAAUAUGAUGGCCUCGACAGUAUCCGGAUCCCCAGCAAUCUGGUAUGGAGACCUGACAUUGUCCUGUACAACAAGGCAGAUGAUGAGUUCUCAGGACCAGUAGACACCAAUGUUGUUUUGAGGUACGAUGGUCAAAUAACUUGGGAUUCGCCAGCGAUAACGAAGAGCUCCUGCGUUGUAGACGUGUCGUACUUCCCGUUUGAUGAUCAGCAAUGCAACCUUACCUUUGGCUCCUGGACCUACAAUGGCAAUCAGAUCGAUAUUGACAUGGGAAUGGACAGCGGGGAUCUGUCGGACUUUGUUGAGAAUGUAGAGUGGGAAGUCCACGGCAUGCCAGCCGCUAAGAACGUCAUCAUGUACGGCUGCUGUUCAGAUCCAUACCCGGACAUCACUUAUACAUUGCUUCUCAAGCGGAGGUCAUCAUUUUACAUUUUUAACCUCCUUAUUCCAUGUGUAAUGAUAUCUUUCCUGGCCCCUCUGGGUUUCUUCCUGCCUGCAGACUCAGGAGAGAAGGUUUCUCUGGGAGUGACUGUCCUUCUCGCCCUCACUGUGUUUCAACUGAUGGUUGCUGAAAGCAUGCCACCUUCUGAGAGUGUGCCCUUAAUAGGUAAAUAUUACAUAGCGACAAUGACAAUGAUUACAGCUUCCACUGCACUGACUAUUUUUAUCAUGAAUAUCCACCACUGUGGAGCAGAAGCAAAACCAGUACCGGGCUGGGCAAAAGUGUUCAUACUGGACUACAUGUCCAAGAUAUUCUUUGUCUACGAAGUGGGUGAGAACUGCACAACAUCUCAGAUGGAUAAAAAGAAAGAGGUCAAGCUACAGAUGGAGGAAACUGUUAAUGGAAAACGUAAGAAAAUGCAGAAUGCAAAAGUACAGGCUGAAGCAUCCAAGUGUAAUACCAAGUACAAUAUGCCUGCUAUGGAAGAACACCCAAAUGAGUGUCUGAAAGAGGAACUUUGCCCUGAGAAAAUGAACAUGUACAUGUGUACCUGUGCCCAGCAUGAUAAAAUUGCAAAGAAUAUUGCAUAUAUUGCCAACUGCUUUAGGGAGCAGAAAGCGACCUGUGCAAAAGGAGCCGAGUGGAAGAAAGUGGCCAAAGUUAUGGACAGAUUCUUCAUGUGGGUUUUCUUUAUCAUGGUGUUCCUCAUGAGCAUUUCCAUUAUACGAUAGGCAGCCUGAUUACAGAGAAUGUACUGCCACAUGCACGCCACUAGAACUACCCUAGUACAGUGCUUGUAUACAUGGAAGUCAUUAACGCAUCCAUUUCACACAUUGUUAUGUUUCAAUAUGAAUAAUCCAACAAACAACUAUUGAGGAAAGUCUCUUUACUCCCUAUUAAUCCUGUUCCCCGGUGGACAUAGUGAAAGUACAUGGAAAUGUGUUAUGUGAAAAAUACAGCUACA